CCAGAGCCUCUGACGGUUGGCGGACGGACGGCCCGACGGGUGGGCAUGCGGGCGGCCAGACUCUAGCCGAGGAUCAAGGCUCCGGCCGCAGCCAUGGAGGCGCGGCUGCGCGCGCUGGAGCGGCUGGCGCCGGGCGAGGCCGGCGGCGGCCCGGGGCUCGACGGCCUUCUAGAUCUGCUGCUGGCGCUGCACCACGAGCUCAGCAGCGGCCCCCUACGGCGGGAGCGCAGCGUGGCGCAGUUCCUGAGCUGGGCCAGCCCCUUCGUAUCAAAGGUGAAAGAACUGCGUCUGCAGAGAGAUGACUUUGAAAUCUUGAAGGUGAUCGGCCGAGGAGCCUUUGGGGAGGUCGCCGUGGUGAGGCAGAGGGACACUGGGCAGAUUUUUGCCAUGAAAAUGCUGCACAAGUGGGAGAUGCUGAAGAGGGCUGAGACAGCAUGUUUCCGGGAGGAGCGGGAUGUGCUCGUGAAAGGGGACAGCCGUUGGGUGACCACUCUGCACUAUGCCUUCCAAGACGAGGAAUACCUGUACCUUGUGAUGGACUACUAUGCCGGCGGGGACCUCCUGACGCUGCUGAGCCGCUUUGAGGACCGUCUCCCGCCUGAGCUGGCCCAGUUCUACCUGGCUGAGAUGGUGCUGGCCAUCCACUCACUGCACCAGCUGGGUUAUAUCCACAGGGACGUCAAGCCAGACAAUGUCCUGCUGGAUGUGAACGGGCACAUUCGCCUGGCUGACUUCGGCUCCUGCCUGCGUCUCAACACCAAUGGCAUGGUGGAUUCAUCAGUGGCAGUAGGGACGCCGGACUAUAUCUCCCCUGAGAUCCUGCAGGCCAUGGAGGAGGGCAAGGGCCACUAUGGCCCACAGUGUGACUGGUGGUCGCUUGGAGUCUGCGCCUAUGAACUGCUCUUUGGGGAGACGCCCUUCUAUGCUGAGUCCUUGGUGGAAACCUACGGCAAGAUCAUGAACCACGAGGACCACCUGCAGUUCCCCCCGGACAUGCCUGACGUGCCAGCCAGCGCCCAAGACCUGAUCCGCCAGUUGCUGUGUCGCCAGGAAGAGCGGCUGGGCCGUGGUGGGCUGGACGACUUCCGGAACCAUCCUUUCUUCGAAGGCGUGGACUGGGAGCGGCUGGCAAGCAGCAUAGCCCCCUAUAUUCCUGAGCUGCGGGGGCCCAUGGACACCUCCAACUUUGACGUGGAUGACGACACCCUCAACCAUCCAGGGACCCUGCCACCGCCCUCCCACGGGGCCUUCUCCGGCCACCACUUGCCAUUUGUGGGCUUCACCUACACCUCGGGCAGUCACAGUCCUGAGAGCAGCUCUGAGGCCUGGGCUGCCCUGGAGCGGAAGCUCCGGUGUCUGGAGCAGGAGAAGGUGGAGCUGAGCAGGAAGCACCAAGAGGCCCUGCAUGCCGCCACUGACCAUCGGGAGCUGGAGCAGCUACGGAAGGAAGUGCAGACUCUACAGGAGAGGCUGUCAGAGCUGCUGAGGGACAAGGCCUCCUUGUCCCAGCUGGAUGGGCCCACACCUGGUAGCCCAGGUCAGGACAGUGACCUGCGGCAGGAACUUGACCAGCUUCACCAGGAGCUGGCCAAGGGUCGGGCAGGGCUGCAGGCUCAGGAGCAGGAGCUCUGCAAGGCCCAGGGGCAGCAGGACAAGCUGCUUCAGAGGCUGCAGGAGGCCCAGGAGAGAGAGGCGGCCACAGCUAUCCAGACCCAGGCCCUGAGCUCCCAGCUGGAGGAAGCCCGGGCUGCCCAGAGGGAGCUGGAGGCCCAGGUGUCCUCCCUGACCCGGCAGGUGAUGCAGCUGCAGGGACAGUGGGAGCAACGCCUUGAGGAGUCUUCCCAGGCCAAGGUAGUCAAGUCCUCCCCCCUUGGCAAGAGGCGCUUCCCCACCAGUCUGACCCCACUCAGAGCCUCAGGGCCAGGCCUGUGUCCCGGGCGGGUGGGCCAUGGCAUCUUGGGUCUCUGCCCUGACCCCCUCCAUGUCCCCAAGACCAUCCACACAGCCUCUGAGACCAACGGGAUGGGACCCCCUGAGGGUGGGCCUCAGGAGGCCCAACUGAGGAAGGAGGUGGCCGCCCUGCGAGAGCAGCUGGAGCAGGCCCACAGCCACAGGCCGAGUGGUAAGGAGGAGGCUCUGUGCCAGCUGCAGGAGGAAAACCGGAGGCUGAGCCGGGAGCAGGAGCGGCUGGAAGCAGAGCUGGCCCAGGAGCAGGAGAGCAAGCAGCGGCUGGAGGGUGAGCGACGGGAGACAGAGAGCAACUGGGAGGCCCAGCUCGCCGACAUCCUCAGCUGGGUGAACGAUGAGAAGGUCUCAAGAGGCUACCUGCAGGCCCUGGCCACCAAGAUGGCAGAGGAGCUGGAGUCGUUGAGGAACGUGGGCACCCAGACGCUCCCUGCCCGGCCACUGGACCACCAGUGGAAGGCGCGGCGCUUGCAGAAAAUGGAGGCCUCGGCUAGGCUGGAGCUGCAGUCGGCGCUGGAGGCUGAGAUCCGUGCCAAGCAGGGCCUGCAGGAGCGGCUGACGCAGGUGCAGGAGGCCCAGCUGCAGGCUGAGCGCCGUCUGCAGGAGGCCGAGAAGCAGAGCCAGGCCCUGCAGCAGGAGCUCACCAUGUUGCGGGAGGAGCUGCGGGCCCGAGGGCCGGGGGACACCAAGCCCUCAAACUCCUUGAUUCCCUUCCUGUCCUUCCGGAGCUCAGAGAAGGAUUCUGCCAAGGACCCUGGCAUCUCAGGAGAGGCCACAAGGCAUGGAGGGGAGCCAGAGCUGAGGCCAGAGGGCCGACGCAGCUUGCGCAUGGGGGCUGUGUUCCCCAGAGCGCCCACUGCCAACACAGCCUCUACAGAAGCUCUUCCUGCUAAGCCCGGCUCACACACCCUGCGCCCCCGGAGCUUCCCAUCCCCGACCAAGUGUCUCCGCUGUACCUCGCUGAUGCUGGGCCUGGGCCGCCAGGGCCUGGGUUGUGAUGCCUGCGGCUACUUUUGUCACACAACCUGUGCCCCACAGGCCCCACCCUGCCCCGUAUCCCCUGACCUCCUCCGCACAGCCCUGGGAGUACACCCUGAAACGGGCACAGGCACUGCCUAUGAGGGCUUCCUGUCGGUGCCGCGGCCCUCAGGUGUCCGGCGGGGCUGGCAGCGGGUGUUUGCUGCCCUGAGUGACUCACGCCUGCUGCUGUUUGACGCCCCUGACCCGAGGCUCAGCCCGCCCAGCGGGGCCCUCCUGCAGGUCCUGGAUCUGAGGGACCCCCAGUUCUCGGCUACUCCCGUUCUGGCCUCUGAUGUCAUCCAUGCUCAAUCCAGGGACUUGCCACGCAUCUUUAGGGUGACGACCUCCCAGCUGGCAGUGCCGCCCACUACGUGCACUGUGCUGCUGCUGGCAGAGAGCGAGGGGGAGCGGGAGCGCUGGCUGCAGGUGCUGGGUGAGCUGCAGCGGCUGCUGCUGGACGCACGGCCAAGACCCCGGCCCGUGUACACACUCAAGGAGGCCUACGACAAUGGGCUGCCGCUGCUGCCCCACACGCUCUGUGCUGCCAUCCUCGACCAGGAUCGACUUGCGCUUGGCACCGAGGAGGGGCUCUUUGUCAUCCAUCUGCACAGCAACGACAUCUUCCAGGUGGGGGAGUGCCGGCGCGUGCAGCAGCUGGCCUUGAGCCCCAGCGCAGGCCUGCUGGUUGUGCUGUGUGGCCGCGGCCCCAGUGUGCGUCUCUUUGCCCUGGCGGAGCUGGAGAACAUAGAGGUAGCAGGUGCCAAGAUCCCCGAGUCUCGAGGCUGCCAGGCACUGGCAGCUGGAAGCAUCCUGCAGGCCCGCACCCCAGUGCUCUGUGUAGCCGUCAAGCGCCAGGUGCUCUGCUACCAGCUGGGCCCGGGCCCUGGGCCCUGGCAGCGCCGUAUCCGUGAGCUGCAGGCACCCGCCACUGUGCAGAGCCUGGAGCUGCUGGGCGACCGGCUAUGUGUGGGCGCUGCCGGUGGCUUUGCGCUCUACCCGCUGCUCAAUGAGGCUGCGCCAUUGGCGUUGGGGGCCGGUUUGGUGCCUGAGGAGCUGCCACCAUCCCGCGGGGGCCUGGGUGAGGCACUGGGUGCCGUGGAGCUUAGUCUCAGCGAGUUCCUGCUACUCUUCACCACUGCUGGCAUCUACGUGGAUGGCGCAGGCCGCAAGUCUCGUGGCCAUGAGCUGUUGUGGCCAGCAGCGCCCAUGGGCUGGGGGUACGCGGCCCCCUACCUGACAGUGUUCAGCGAGAACUCCAUCGAUGUGUUUGACGUGAGGAGGGCAGAAUGGGUGCAGACCGUGCCGCUCAAGAAGGUGCGGCCCCUCAAUCCAGAGGGCUCCCUGUUCCUCUACGGCACCGAGAAGGUCCGCCUGACCUACCUCAGGAACCAGCUGGCAGAGAAGGACGAGUUCGACAUCCCGGACCUCACCGACAACAGCCGGCGCCAGCUGUUCCGCACCAAGAGCAAGCGCCGCUUCUUUUUCCGCGUGUCGGAGGAGCAGCAGAAGCAGCAGCGCAGGGAGAUGCUAAAGGACCCCUUUGUGCGCUCCAAGCUCAUCUCACCGCCUACCAACUUCAACCACCUGGUACACGUGGGCCCUGCCAACGGGCGGCCCGGCGCCAGGGACACGUCCCGGGCUCUGGAAGAGAAGGGCCGAGUUUCUCGCGGCUCCUCUGGCCCACAGCGGCCCCACAGCUUCUCCGAGGCGUUGCGGCGCCCAGCCUCCAUGGGCAGCGAAGGCCUCGGUGGAGACGCAGACCCCAUGAAGAGGAAACCUUGGACAUCCCUGUCCAGCGAGUCUGUGUCCUGCCCCCAGGGAUCGCUGAGCCCUGCAACCUCCCUAAUGCAGGUCUCAGAGCGGCCCCGAAGCCUCCCCCUAUCCCCUGAAUUGGAGAGCUCUCCUUGAUGCCCUCUGUUAGGGCCCACCCCAAUCCCAGGGCAGAAAGACAUGAGGGAGCGAAGAACUUGAGGAAUGCCAUACUCCGGCUGGUCCGGGACAUGGAAAUUUGGACUCAGGGAGGGCCCGGGCUGGGCAAUAACUGGAAGGCUUGCCUGGUUUCCCAGGACUUGGGGGUCCUGACUCCCAGUCCUGAUUCCGUGCCUUACCUCUCUGUUCCCAGCCCCAGCCUUUCUAAGCCAUUGGGAAUAGAAUGGAUCCUUUUGUCCUGGUGUCCAGGGGUGAUUGUGCCAAAGCUCUUGUGUCCAGUGCCAAGCCCCCAGAGGCUUGUAAGAGUUGGGAUGAGGGAUGGAGAGGGACUGGGUCUCUGGGAACAGGUUGGGGGUCUUAUCUGUGGACUGUCUGACUCCCAGCUGAGGCCAAGAUGGGGCAUGUCCCGGUCUCUGCUCAGCAUCUGGGUGAGAAAAACAGACUGUGAUCCAGAGGAAGGAAGAUAGAGAAGGAGAGAAAGGAUGUAGGCAAAGGAGGUGAGAGACAGGAUAGGAGGAAGGAAGUGGAGGAGGAGGUGAUAGGAAUUGGAAGGAGGUAGAAGCCGUGUAGAGGAAGAGGGGAGAGGGACGGAGGAGAAGCGAUGAAGAGGAGGAAGACAAAAAGAGGUGGAAGAGAGAGGGAGUCUGGAGAACAAAGGGUCCUUUCUCUGGGGAGGGGUGCGGUGGGUGGGGCUGACGCUGUCAGCCAGUCCUCCCAUCGGGGAAGAGAAUCCUGGACAGGGAUGGGAUGGGGAGGGUAUUUAUAAGGGCUUUUUGGUGGGAGAUGGGUACCCAGUGGUGGCCACUGGAGGGUCUCCCGGCACACUCUGGCCCUUCCCAGAAAUGGGGGCCCUUUUUCUCGAAGCUUCAACCAGUUGUGUAUUAGGGGAACCUAGGGGGCAUUUUACUAUUGAUCACAGUCAUUAUAUUGUUAUUAUAUUACUAUUUUUAUUAAACCUCCCCCGACUGAAGUGUGGGGGGCAAAAUAAGUAUUUAUCUCCUCAAAUGCCACAUUCCCAGGAGGGACAGACCCUGAUGCUCUGUGAGGCAGCAAGAAACCAAUAAAGACAGCUUUGUAAGCUGCUGG